AACCAUCGUAAAUAUCUUCCCUAUCGCUUCACUCCCUCGUAAAACCUUGGCAAACCCCUCUCUCCAGUCUCCGCCACUCUUCGUUCCUCUUAAACCCUAAGAAAUCCCCGAAUCAGAUUUAGGGUUUCUCACUCAAAUUUCCAAAACCCUAAAAAUGAUAUCAACAGUUCUAAGAAGAACAUCUUCUUCUUCUGUACUAGCCCCAAAUCGGGCUUUAGCCCUCGCAGCCCUUCUACAACACCAAUUAACGACCACCGCGUCACCAAUUCCUCUCAGAAACGGGUCCCUCUCCGGUGAGAUUAGACCCUUUUCUUCUUUUCUUGUUUCUCUAAUCAAAGCUAGAGACUUUCAUGUCAAAUCUGGGCCGUUGGAUUUUAAGGCGAGUUCGGUGACUGAAACUUUUAACGCUGUACCUGAUUAUGGCUAUGAUGAAGGGAAAGGGAAUGAAGAGGGGCUUGAAAUUUCAAGAUUAGGGAUUUCUCAAGAGAUUGUCGGCGCUUUAGCUAAAAAAGGGAUCACGAAAUUGUUUCCCAUUCAGAGAGCUGUGCUUGAACCGGCUAUGCAAGGGAAGGACAUGUUUGGUCGAGCUCGAACUGGAACAGGAAAAACACUUGCUUUUGGAAUUCCUAUACUUGAUAAAAUUUUACAAUUCAAUGCGCAACACGGGAGAGGGAGGUACCCAUUGGGAAUAGUUAUGGCUCCAACAAGAGAACUUGCAAGACAAGUAGAGAAGGAGUUUCGUGAGGCUGCACCUAGUUUGGAUAUCACUUGUUUAUAUGGGGGUACUCCUAUUUCACGACAAAUGAGGGAUCUUGAAUAUGGUGUUGAUGUUGUUGUUGGCACACCUGGUCGUAUUAUUGAUCUGAUGAAGAGGGGCUCACUGGUUUUGUCAGAAGUUCAGCAUGUUGUCCUUGAUGAAGCUGAUCAGAUGCUUGGUGUGGGAUUUGUUGAUGAUAUUGAGACAAUCUUGUUGAGUGUGCCUCGGAAACGGCAUAGUAUGUGCUUCUCUGCUACAAUGCCAAGUUGGAUCAGAGAACUUGUUAGGAAGUAUCUAAAAGAUCCUCUGACUAUUGAUCUUGUCGGAGAUUCUGAUAAAAAGCUGGCUGACGGAAUUACCCUCUAUUCAAUUGCCUCAGACUUGUAUGCAAAAGCAUCGAUUCUUGGUCCUCUGAUUACAGAACAUGCUAAAGGAGGAAAGUGCAUUGUUUUCACUGAAACAAAGCGUGAUGCUGAUCGAUUAGCAUAUGCCAUGGCAAAAACCUAUAAAUGUGAGGCUUUGCAUGGUGAUAUUUCACAGAGUGUGAGAGAAAGGACACUUUCAGGCUUCCGAGAGGGGCAUUUCAAUAUUUUAGUCGCCACUGAUGUUGCGGCACGUGGUCUUGAUGUCCCUAAUGUUGAUCUGAUAAUACAUUAUGCACUUCCAAGAUGUUCAGAGACUUUUGUUCAUCGAUCUGGCCGUACUGGUCGUGCUGGGAAGAAAGGAACUGCAAUUCUUAUUUAUACUCAAGAUGAGAGCAGGCAAGUCCGUAUAAUUGAACGCGACACAGGGUGCAAAUUUUUAGAGCUCCCUAAGAUUGCUGUUGAUGGUGAAAGCAUAGACAUGUACAAUGACAUGGGUCGUGGACGAUUUAACUCAUUUGGAAGUCCAAGAGGAUUUGGUGAUGGUGGUCGAUAUGGUGGUCAGGGGAAUUAUGGAUCUGGGCAAGGCUUUAGGAAUUCUGGUUUUGGCCGCUCUGAUGGUCAAUUUUCAGGAUCAAGUCGCAAUGGCUAUAACAGAAACCAAUCAGGGAAUUUUGGCCGCUCUAGUAACUUUGGCGAGUCAAGAACAGACCGCUCCAGUAAUUUUGGGGACUUCGGUUCAGGCCGUUCUAGCAGUUUUGGUGACUUCGGUUCAGGCUGUUCUAGCAGUUUUGGGGACUCUGGUUCAGGCCGUUCUAAUGGAUUUGGCAACAAUUCAGGCCUAACCAAUAGAUCACAGAAUGAUUAUCAUUUUAGACAAUCUGCGGGCUUUGGAGACUCCAGGAAGUGAUGGCAUGAACAGCAAGAGAAUACAAUUCUGACUUCAUGAAAUGAUGCAAUCCCAAGGAGUCCAGACGAUGUGCCAUUUAUCUAUUAGUUGAACACCUGCUGAUAUUGUGUCUUUCUUCAAUCAACUACUAAAGUACUCCGUAGGACAAUCUUGUACUGAGCUCUUAAUACCUAAAGUAGAACUAUCAAAUUAAUGGCUUUACACAUCUGUAGUGCAAAAAACAUUUGAGGUAAGAGGACUUGGAGCAUUUCCCUUCAACUAGUAACCCUUAGUUGGGAAUCCCAUACACCUAUUUGCACUGUGGUGGUGAUCUCUGCCUCUCCAUUUGAUCAUUUGAGUUUUUAUGGGGAUGAUCAUUUGCAGCCCCGGUCUCCUUUUGUCCUAA